UUCAUCCUGUCCUUCGGCCCCCCUCAACAACCUCACCCUCCCACACCCUGUCACCUCACCCCGAGCCCGCCACACACCCAGAGCAGGAGCCCAGGGCCAUGAUGUUCUCCUGGCCCACAGAUCCCAGUCCGGACCACACAGCCGACCCUCCUCGGAAAGAGGGCGAGAUCCCCGCCGCUCGGUUUUGUUUCAAUGCCCGGGGAGCCCUGUCUACCAAAAUGACAGCUCGAGCCCUCUGGCUUCUCUGUUUGAUCGCCGGAUGGUCCCCCGAAGCCCCUGUGGCGGAGAGAAAAGCCGUGAACGGAAUCGUGCACGACGUGGACCUGCUGGGCGCGGGCCUGCGGCUGGUGACCCUGCUGGUGGACCCCGACGGCUUGUACAAGAUGAGCCGCCUGUACAUCACUCCCGACGGCUUUUUCUUCCGCGUGCACGUACUAGCCCUGGACGCCUCCAGUUGCUCUAAGCCGUGUCCGGAAUUUAAACCCGGGAGCAGGUAUAUCGUGAUGGGCCACAUCUACCAUAAGAGACGGCAGCUCCCCACCGCUCUGCUCCAGGCCCUGCGAGGGCGCCUGCGUCCUGGAGACGGACUGCUCACGGGUGGCAGCAGCUACGUGAAGAGGUUUAACCGAAAACGGGAGUGGCAAGUUCGGGGUGCCACCCAAGCCCAGUGCAUUUGAACAGACCCACUUGGAACUCGUGUUCCUCAAGGCUCGGAAUCCCGCAGUAAGGCGGGGAAGGUCCGCCCUCACGUAGCGGGGUGGGGGCUUCUGUGAAACUGGGCCCACAGCUAGCUACCAUAUGCACUCUAAAGCUGUCACUGUGUUCACUGAGGCUCAUGCUGAGGCUCCAGAGCAGCGGGAAAGUUACUCAAUAACAGACAGCGACCGGCCCAGCGAGGGCGGACACUGACCUCCCAGGUCAACAAAGCACACCACUUUGCAUUGUUUUUAAGUUAUUUUAAUUUAAUGCUUUUUUUUUUCCAGUAGAAACAAUUCACAAAACAUUUCUUGACUUUAAAUAUACAACUUUGAAUAGUAUCUAUCAUGUGUCAAGCUAGAUUUUGUAUUUAAAGCAUCAGAGUUUAAAUUCCACACGUGAGGAUAAGCAUCCCGUCAAGCUGUUUGCAUAUGAAAUGUCAUUUACAUCAAACACUAGGGUCGGAGCCCAGGCCAAGGAUGAAAAUUAGACAUUUCAAGGGUGAAUUCAAGCAAAACAUCAUUCAAAGUGUGUUUCUGAUGUACCAAAAUACAAGGUCCUAUGAUGUAUCCUCAGGCUUCCUUGGCCCUGUAACCUAUUUUGUGCCAAACUGGCAUCAAUUUCAGCCUGUUUCCUGGUAUAUCUGAUGUCAUUUUUAUGUUAAGACCCAGUAUCACAACCGUAUUUGUAAAGCAGUAAACCUUGCCAUGAAAUCA